AUGGCAAAGAAGAGAAAGGCGUCCCGCGCUGCCGAGUCCAGCGGACCCAAAGAGCUGGACCCGGCAGACGCUCGCCUCAAAGUCACCUCCUACGAAGACGUGGCCAACUCCGAAGACGAGUUCUUCAUGAACCGCGACACAAUCAUGCUCGACGACGAGCCCAACAGGAAGCGCCCGAGAAAGGGCGAGGAAGAGAUUGAAUUCUCGGACGAGGAAGUGCUGGGCUACGAGUCAGAUUCCGGCGCAAAGCCCAAGCAGAGCAAGUCAAAACGAAAGGCCGCCGACUUUUCAGACGACGAGGAAGACAAGGCCGAGGGAGCAGAGGACGAAGACUCAAAUUGGUGGGGUUCAUCCAAGAAGGAAUACUACAAUGCCGACAACAUCGAAACCGAGGCCGAUGCGCUGGAGGAAGAAACCGAGGCGAAGCGAUUACAACAAAAGAAGCUGUCCAAGAUGGCGGAGGAGGACUUUAUCUUUGACGGAGACGAGUGGCUCACGGGCGAGCAGGAAGCGGAAGAGACCGCGGAACCCGUCACGGAAGUCCUCAAGGAGGUCGAGAUUACCGAUGACAUGGGCCCCGAGGAGCGACUGAAGCUAUUGUCUGCCCGAUACCCCGAGUUUGAUUAUCUUGUCAAGGAUUUCCAGGAUCUCCAGCCCCAACUAGAAAUAUUCAGGACAGAGGCCAAGGCUUCAGACGUCAAGUCUCUGGCUGCGAUCAAGUACUGGGUGCUCGGCUGCUACGUUGCCUCGCUGGCCAGCUACUUGGCCAUACUUACAUCUCCGGCUCGCGACGCCGCCAAAGCGCGGAAAACAAUCGAUCCCACCGAGCUCCGUGAACACGAUGUGAUGGAGACCUUGGUCCAAUGCCGCGAAGCCUGGGAGCGAGUCAAGGACAUGAGAUCAACAACCACUCCUAGCGACGCUUCAUUGUUGCAAGGCCUUGAUGCUAUUGCUCAGCUGGAGACGGAAGCAUUGGCAGCACAGACCAAGGCCAAGAAGGCCAAGAAAGCCAAGGAGAGCGCGGCCUCCUCAGCAAGCAAGGCCAAGAAGCUGGCAAAGGCCAAGGCGAUUGAGGAGACUGUUGCUGAUCUAUACGACUUGCCCAUCAACACCAAGUCCAAGGCAAAGAGCAAGGACAAGACGCUGCGCUCCCAGGAUGACGACAGCUCAGACUUCGGCGAGGAGGAGACCUUGGACGCCCGAGCUGCGGCUGACAAGGCGGCGCGCAAGAAGAGCUUGAAGUUUUACACAUCCCAGAUCGUGCAAAAAGCCAACCGCCGUGCCGGUGCUGGUCGCGACGCAGGUGGUGACAUGGAUAUUCCUCACCGCGAGCGUCUCCGAGACCGUCAGGCCCGACUCCUGGCUGAGGCCGAGAAGCGAGGCAAGAGGGAUUCCAAGCUCGGCGCGAACCUGGGCGAUGACAGCGACGAGGAAGACUCCAAGGCUGCCAACGCCAUGCGCGACGACGAGGACGAGUACUACGACAUGGUGGCGCACGGCGCCAAGGCCAAGAAGGAAGACAAGGCAGCCCGAUUCGCAGCCUAUGCCGCCGCCAGCAAGGCCGACAGAGUGGUGCCGACCGAGGAGAUUGGCGAGGAUGGCAAGCGCAAGAUCACGUAUGCCAUCCAGAAGAACAAGGGCCUGGCGCCCAGGAGAAGCAAGGACGUGCGAAACCCGAGAGUCAAGAGGAGAAAGCAGUUCGAGGCCAAGCAGAAGAAGCUCAAGAGCAUCAAGCCAGUUUGGCAGGGCGGCGAGCCCAAGGGAGGCUACCAGGGCGAGACGAGCGGUAUCAAUGCCACCGUCAUCAAGAGUAUCAAGCUGUAG